GACUCCGGUAUGUUGUGAGUGACGUACAUGCCGGUCGCGAAAUGUUUUAGCAUGGAUUGCAGAGAUUCAGACUUUCCAAAUAUACUUUAUUUGUAUGCUACAGUUUAGGUAUGUUUUAGUAAUCGCGUAAUAUAUAUUUUACUGUACACGUUUAUCAAUAGAGUAUGAGGUGUGAAAAUCUGUUAGUUUAUCUAACUAGCUAAUCUUACAUGAAAUAGCUAGCUAGCUAACAUAAACUGGUCAGCAACUUUAGCUACAAAAUCCUAUUCACAGUGUAAAUGAUGGGGGAGGAGACCCAGUCCCUUCACCUGGAUGAGGGACUGUCUGUAAAGGAAGAGGAGUUAGGACAGGCAGAGGGAAAGAUUAACCAAGUGGAGGAUGAACAACCAGAGGAGGUUGAAGAGGAAGAUGAGGAGGACGAAGAAGCAUUACCACACUCGGAAUUCCUGGACAUAUUUGAAGAAGGACUGGCUCGCCUUGUACAGGACCCUCUACUCUGUGACCUUCCCAUUCAGGUGACUCUGGAGGAGGUGAAUUCCCAGGUUGCUCUGGAGUAUGGCCAAGCCAUGACUGUCCGUGUAUGCAAAGCGGAUGGCGAAGUAAUGCCCAUAGUGGUGGUGCAGAAUGCUAUGGUGCUGGAUUUGAAGAAAGCCAUUCAGAGGUUCAUGGAGCUGAAACAGCAACGGGAGGGUGGGGUGAAGCAUGUCAGCUGGAGAUACGUAUGGAGAACCUUUCAUCUCAUAUUUCAAGGGGAGAAGCUUGAUGAUGACAAAAUGAAACUAAAGGAUUAUGGGAUCAGAAACAGAGAUGAGGUGACAUUCAUGAAGAGACUGAGGAAGAAGUGAAACGGAGGUACAGUAGUCUUCUGAACUACGAUCUCAUCUGAAAGAUGUUCACAGACAAAGUGGUACCAUUGUAAUGAUGACUGUAACUAAUACAAUUUGGAAAAUACCACUGUCUUAUGUGCCUGUGGCAUUUUCCAUUAUAAUAAGAUAAUACUCAUUUCGAAUGGACUCACCAUUUGUAUUUCUUGCACUCCCCAUGGGAGUAUAACACUGGCAACCCUUUUAAAUCUAUAUUUUAUGUUUAUAAUAUUAUUGAUAAUACAUUGAGUUGAACAAUGAGCUUCCAACUUCAGAUCUCACUACCGUGUGGAGUCCUGCCUACUCUGUGAGUUGCCUGCACAGUCGCCGUUGCUUCAGACCUCUAUGUUUCAACCUGGAGAUGUACAGCAACUAUAGUCAUACACUGACAUGACUCGGUUGAUGUCUAAAAGGUUUUUCAAUGGACAUCUCAAAUGUUUAUUUUUUUUUACAUGUCGUAGAUAUGAUUGUGUGGAAUGUUUCGUACGGUCUCAAUUGUUUAUUGUUUGGCCAUAUUCUCUUGUCAUUUUGUACAGUAAAAUUGUGCCACUUCAAAUAUGAAUAAAGGCUACAGUGCAACCAAA